AUGGUGGCUGAUCUGUUGCUUCCUUCGGGGACAUGGAACAUGCCUUUGAUUGAGUGGACUUUUUGUCCUGCAACCGCUGAGAAAAUAUUAGCUGUUCCCCUCCCUCUUCAACUUAUGGAGGAUAGUUUAUUUUGGAUGGGGACUAACGAUGGUGUUUAUAGUGCCAAAACUGGGUAUGUAUUUUUGCAACAGGUUGAUGAGCAAGGUGUGGCUUCCCCCUCUAUGUCUGUUUCUAUGGAGGAGGGAAGGUGGAAAAAAUUCUGGGCUGCUCCAUCCCUUCCGCGAUGCAAAGAGUUCUCUUGGAGGCUCUUUCAUGGCGCGAUUCCGGUGAGACAGAAGCUCCGUCAGCGAGCUAUUGAUGUUGAUCCGAGUUGUCCAAUUUGUGGUUUGGAAGAUGAGUUUGUCGAUCACUUGUUCAUGCGGUGUGAGGUCAUGAAGGCUACUUGGUUUGGCUCUCGUUUGGGUGUGAGAGUAGACCCGCAGCAGAGCUUCUCGACUUUCUUUCAGCAGCUGGUCCGUGAUUUGGACGAUGGGGGAGUGGCAGAGGUGCAGCGGUUGCUAUACGCAAUGUGGGAGGCUAGGAACCGAGCGGUUUUUGAUGAGCGGCGGGUUGAUUGGAGAGAGGUGAUGUCGCGUGCGGCAGCGUUACGGGCACCACUGGAGGAGGGCAUGACUAGGGAUGUGCCGGCUGCUACCAUGGCACGAUGGAUUCGACCAACAAGGGGAAUAGUGAAGAUUAAUAUCGACGCUGCGGUGGGGAGAGACAAACUCGCAGGUUUUGGAAUGGUGGCCAGGAACUACAAUGGGGAGGUUAUGGCGUCCGCUUCUAUGUAUCCAACCAUGGUGUUAUCGCCAACCAUUGGAGAGGCUCUCUCGUUGAGGUGGGCAAUGGAGUUAGAUACUCAGCUGGGAUUCAGGCGAGUUCUUUUUGAGACAGAUUGUCUUCCUUUGUUCCAGGCUUGGAAGAAGGCGACCAGAGGCUCUUAUUUAUUUACUAUUAUUCAGGAUUGUUUUCGUUUUUGUAAUUUGUUCGACUUUGUUGAUUUUACUUUUGUUCGCCGGAAUGACAAUAAUGCGGCUGACUAUAUGGCGCGAAAUGCCUCUACCUUUACCAAUGAAGUUUGGGUGGAGGAAGGACCGCCGGGUUUAGCCCCGCUGUUGUUGGAUGAUUGUUUGGCUUCUAUGCCACUUUGA